AUGAAAUUCGGCCUUUUGUCUUUUGCAGCACUCGCAGUCGCCAUCUGCCAGGCAGCUCCCGCAUCUAACGCCAAGCACACGUACAACUGCACUGCGUACAGCACGCACGAUCUCAAGUGGCACUCGCUCGAUAAUGACGACUUUGGCUACUUGUCUAUAUCGAACCUCAAAGAUGAUCAAGGUCGCCCAAUUUUGACCACACUCGAGAAGGACGGUUCCCCUGCAAAGCCGGUCAAGUUUGUGCGCACGAUCUGCGAUCCGCCGGAGGGCACAAAGGGAUACAUGGGCAUUGGAAAGGGCUCCAAGUCCAAUGGUGUUAGCUUUGGCCAUAUUGCACUUGAAAGUGACCAGUCUAAGUGUGUCACAGCUACUGGCCUCGAGAAGAAGGGAAUCAACUUUGUGCUGGACAAGUGCCACAAGCAGAAUUCUGCCGUUCAGCUCAAGCAGUUCUUUGGCGAAGCGGUGAAUGGAAUUACGCUCAACUUUAUGGGACACAAGUAUGGCUCACAAGACAAGAACUACGAGUUGCACAUUGGGAAAGGCAAAGGUAACCCGAUUGAGGCCGACUUUGUCGGUUCCAAGCAAUCGAACAGCUCCGUCUUUUUCUACUGGCUCAAGUUCCCCAACCAGUAA